AUGAAAGAUCUUGGUGAAUUAAAAUUCUUCUUGGGAAUUGAGGUGGCCAGGUCUAAGAAAGGAAUUGUGUUAUCCCAAAGAAAAUAUGCUUUGAAGUUUAUACCAGAAGCAGGUUUGAGUGGAGAAAAACCUACUGGUACUCCACUUGAAAUGAACCAGAAUUUAACCUCAGUGGAAUAUGAUAAAUGCAUUACUAAUGAAGCUGUAGAUGGUGAUGAGAUUCUCGAAGAACCAAGAGCUUAUCAGAGAUUAGUAGGAAGAUUAUUAUACCUUACUAUGACUAGACCAGACCUAGCAUUUGCUGUUCAAGUGCUAAGCCAAUUUAUGCAUUGUCCUCAGGCCUCACACAUAGAGGUUGCACUUAGAGUGGUAAGAUAUAUCAAAGUCAAUCCAGGUUUGGGGUUGCUGACGCCUGCUGAAGAUACUAACCAGACUGCCUUCUGUGAUUCAGACUGGGGUUCUUUCUUGGAGACUAGAAAAAUCUGUUACAGGAUACUUAGUUUGGUGGAGCAUUGA